UCGGAAAGCAGCGAUGAAUUCAAGCAUGGCGAUAAGAGGAAGCGUUGGUUUCCGUAUUUAGAUAGGUAUAGAGUUGGGGAUACCUCUUUGAGCAGUGGUGAAGUUGUGGAAGCCAUGGAUCCCUAUAUAAUGGAGGCGAGGAAGGAAAGCUUUCAGGUCUGCUGAUGCGCUCGGAGUUCAGUCCGUCCACGUCGUGUCCUGCGACGCCUCGAGAAGGUAUAGAGAUAAUCGUCAUGUCAGCAUGGGAGCAGAGAAGUGGCUGGAUAUUGAACUCUGGAGCUCUGUCAAAGAGUGCUUUGGAGUGCUGAAAGAACGCGGCUAUAGAAUUGCUACGGCUCAUUUGGGGAUGGAUGCGGUCUCUGUCUAUGAUGUCGAUUGGUCGUGCCCGACUGCAAUUGUUGUUGGGAAUGAACUUAGGGGUAUAAGUGAAGAAGCUCUCGAGCUAUCCGAUUUAUGCUGCAGUAUCCCAAUGAGGGGCAUGGUUGAUUCAUUUAAUGUUUCAGUAGCUGCCGGCCUUCUUAUGCACCAAGCUGUUUGUGACCGGACCUCACGCCUGGGCUGCCAUGGGGAUCUAACAAAGGAUGAGCGCCAAAUUCUCCUUGCAGAGUUUUAUCUACGGCACAACAAGAACACCUUUAGUAUAGCCAAUGAAUUUUCCAAGAGGAAGUUAGCCAGCCAUGCAUCAAAACUAUGAAAAGGAGAUGUAGAUGGACCUCGUAGCUUGCCAUAAAAGAUAAAUGCCUCAGGCCGAGCUAAUGCUUCCAUCACUGCUCCAAUCUUUGCUGUUUUGUGCAUUUGAUUCUGGAAAGGUUAUAUUGCAUUACCUACUGGUGUCUCUGGAAGAAGAAAAUGUGCACACAUCCAUUUUCCAGCAGCUGCACAGUGGGAUCAAGCUAAGUUAGGACAUUUUUGGGGGAUUAUAAUAUGUACUAUUCCAUUGGGUAUUUAAAUGAACAGAUGUGAGAAUAAUGAAUUUCCAAUUUAAACCCAUAUGCAUUACAGAGGCCUUUGUACCUGUUGCUUCGAUCAUUCAGCUGCAACAUUCAAAUUUGUUAGAAAUGGCAAAGAAGAGCUGAGCUGCAAAUGAAGAAAGGAUGGAAGUAUUUGAUUCUACGUUCAACUUUAGAAGAUGAAAUAUUCGAUGUCAUGAGUAGAUACUGACAGGAAUGGAUAUUCCCAGCUGUAUGACCAUGCAUGAAUGCAAUAGCAUUUGUAACAGAACGAAUCCAUAGCUUAAUGUGCCAGUGUGCAAUCUAGGGUUUUGUUUCAAUUUACAAAGAUUGGGGUAUUGUUUUGACAUGUUUUCUACUCGAUCAAGGUCGUAGUGUCAGUAGUCUGUAUUGUGUCUUUGGUGCUUUGCAUGCUCAAGCAAUCCCCACUCUUUUUCAACUGCUGGGACUUGACGAACUCAUCGAUUUUAGCCUUCAAAUCCACGGCAGGUAUUAACAUGUC